GCAGAGGAGGAAGGAGGGAGGGAGCCGCGGGCGGCGGAAGGGGGAGGAGAGGACCCGGCCCAGCCAGUGCGCACGGGCCGGGCGCUCGGAGAGGAGACGGAGGAGCGGCGCCCGGGCCGGCCAGCUCUGCACCGGCCGCCGAGAUGCUUCAGACCUUGUAUGACCACUUCUGGUGGGAACGACUAUGGCUGCCUGUGAACUUAACCUGGGCUGAUCUAGAAGACAGAGAUGGACGUGUCUACGCCAAAGCCUCAGACCUCUACAUCACACUUCCCCUGGCCUUGGUCUUUCUCAUCAUUCGAUACUUCUUUGAACUUUAUGUGGCUACACCCCUGGCUGCCCUCCUGAAUGUUAAGGAGAAAGCCCGACUACGAGCACCUCCUAAUGCCACCUUAGAGCAUUUCUACCUGACCAGCGGCAAGCAGCCCAAGCAGGUGGAGGUUGAGCUUUUAUCUCGGCAGAGUGGGCUCUCUGGCCGCCAGAUAGAACGCUGGUUCCGCCGCCGCCGCAACCAGGACAGGCCCAGCCUUCUCAAGAAGUUCCGAGAAGCCAGUUGGAGAUUCACAUUUUAUCUAAUUGCCUUUGUUGCUGGCAUGGCUGUCAUUGUGGAUAAACCCUGGUUCUAUGACUUGAGGAAAGUUUGGGAGGGCUACCCCAUACAGAGCAUUGUCCCUUCUCAGUAUUGGUACUACAUGAUUGAACUCUCCUUCUAUUGGUCCCUGCUCUUCAGCAUUGCCUCCGACGUCAAGCGAAAGGACUUUAAGGAACAGAUCAUCCACCACGUGGCCACUAUCAUUCUCCUCAGCUUCUCCUGGUUUGCCAAUUACGUCCGGGCAGGGACUCUCAUCAUGGCUUUGCAUGACUCUUCUGACUACCUGCUGGAGUCCGCCAAGAUGUUUAACUACGCGGGAUGGAAAAACACCUGCAAUAACAUCUUCAUUGUCUUCGCCAUUGUUUUCAUCAUUACUCGACUGGUUAUCAUGCCUUUCUGGAUCCUGCACUGCACGCUGGUAUACCCACUGGAGCUCUACCCUGCCUUCUUUGGCUAUUACUUCUUCAACUGCAUGAUGGCAGUGCUACAGGCGCUACAAGUCUUCUGGGCCUACUUCAUUUUGCGCAUGGCCCACAAGUUCAUAACUGGAAAGAUGGUAGAAGAUGAACGCAGUGACCGAGAAGAAACAGAGAGUUCAGAAGGGGAGGAGGCUGCAGCUGGGGCAGUAGCAAAGAGCCGGCUCCUAGCUAAUGGCCACCCCAUCCUCAAUAACAAUCAUCCUAAGAAUGACUGAACCAUUGUCCUAGCUGCCUCCCAGAUUAAUACAUGAAGCCAAGAAACUAGCCAACCUUCCCUUUACAGGGACAUUUGAGCUCUGGGGAGAAAAGACACAAAGAAGAGUCUACAUCGACUCUCCUUACUUCUUCUGUCACCCAGUUACCUUUAAAGCAAACUCUAACCAGCCUUUCUUCAGGUAGAGAGAGAAGGUUGGUUGUAUCUUCUGCUAGAGAGGGGAUGGUCUUAUUUCCCUCUCUAUCUUCUAAGCUACUUUCUGCUUUUGAAAACCUUUCUCAGUUCUGAGUAUAACUCUUGAGUUAUACUCACAUUCCUUAUUCUUAUGAAUACUGAGCUAGCUGCUUCCUUUGACUCCCUGACUUUAAGCCAGGGUUGUGCCUUACUGUCCCAUCUCUGGGCCUCACUCUGCCAAAGCUGGACCAAGGUUCCACCUUUCAAAGCUUCCUAGCUCAGGCCAAAAAUGAAAGCUGAGCUACUUUUAACUUCUCUUCCUCCUUAAAAACAAGUUAGGUGAAGGAAGGGUAUAUAGGCCCCUCACCCUACCCAAGGGACCAUGUGCUCUAGGGCCUCACUGCCUCCUUUCUCUGGCCUUUCUUUCUCCUCCCUUCAGCUAACAAGCUGGAGUAGAGUAGAGCGGCAACUACUUGUUAUUUAUUGAACAUUUGGGGUUUCAAUUAUAAAGCCAGAAUUACAGCUAGGACCUGGCAUUUCAUCAAGGGACCAUUUCAGACCAAAAUGUACUGUUAAUGGUUUUUGGUUUUUUUUUUUUUUUUUAAUUAAAGUAUAUUAAAGGUUAAGAAAAACAUGA